UCGCGGUAUGAUUCGUUUUUUAGUUGGAAGAUAGCAGCGUGAUAUAGAUGUUUCGUUAAAAUUCAUGUUUUCUCUUAUCACUGCCUUAUUCAUCGCGCUUUUGUUUACGUUGACUGAUGUUUUUUGUUCGGUUGGUGUAUUGUGCCUAACAGUACGACAAGUAGGCCUUAGUGCAGUUCCGCGUUUGGUGGCAUUUUCAAUUUAAUUUACAACUAACUGUGCUAAUAACAAUAUGGACGAUUUGUUUAAUUCUGAGAAGUAAUUUCGCUCCUGUUGCUCUAAAAGGUGUGGCAAGAUUUAUGUAUCAUGGAUGCAUGGGUGGCAAUUUUGACAAUAUGGAUUCUCUUUUUAUUUACGUUAGUCAAGGGGGAUAUGACAUGCGUCCAAUCCGACAUGUGUGAUUGCUAUAAGUCUACUGAAUUAGAAUAUCAAUGUCCGAAAUCACCACAAAAUUUUCAAAUUGUUGUACAUACAGUACCAGGCAAAUUUAUGAAAAUAGACUGCUACGAUGAGACCAAAACUGAAUAUGAUUUAGACAUGUUUCCCAAUUUGGACGUGGGAAGUUUAGAACAUUUUCUAAUGAGAUUUUGCCCAUUGCCAACAGACAGUUUCAAUACUACUUUGGAAAAAUUUAAUAUCACUAGGAUUAAUUACAUGCGACUAGAAGAAGUGGGCAAUGCUAAUCUGAAAACUGUGACGAAGGAACUAUUCUAUGGGCUUCAAGACCUGCAAACAUUAGAGUUUAGAUACAUAUAUGGAAUUAAAUUUGAUGACGACUUUUUGCAGUACCUUCCAAAUUUAACUGCUCUUUAUUUAGAUAAUAAUGAAAUCAAAGAAAUUGGAGCUAAUAUCUUUAAAAAUGUCCCAAAACUACGGGUUCUUCAUUUGUCUAGAAAUUUAAUAUCUCAUUUACCCGAUGGACUAUUUGAGAACCUUUCAGAUCUGCAGCAAUUGCAUUUGUGGAAAAAUGAAUUAACCGCUCUGAAUAAAAAAUCUUUUGUUGGAUUGAAACAGUUAAAAUCUCUUGAAUUGAGCAGUAAUAAUAUUUCAUCUCUGGAUGAAGACACUUUCGCGGAACUUGUUGAACUGGUUAAUAUCAGUUUGAGAUCAAACAACUUGCACGACGUGACGUCUAACAUUUUUAAACACAACACUGCCCUGGAGUUAGUUCGUAUGGGGAAUAAUCCAAAUUUAAAUCUCUCUGAUUAUGUAUUUGCGAAUUUAACGAAUCUUUUGAAAAUAAAUAUAGAUAAUUCAAAUCUGGAAAUUCUUCCGGAACAUGUCUUCGAAGGAUGCGUUAAUUUGACCGAAAUUUCUCUGAGAAACAACAGUAUCACAGAAUUACCUGCAAUUAUUUUUGAGAACUUGACUAAACUGAAAAAAUUAUUUUUGGAUGGAAAUAAAAUUAAAAUUUUACCAGAUAAUAUAUUUUCGUCUCUGAUACAUUUAGAAGAAUUCUAUCUUCAUGAAAAUAAAUUAGAAGAAAUUACUGACAAUGUGUUUGAAAAAACUUCUAAUUUAAUUAAACUUGAUUUGAGUUAUAACAAAAUAUCUAAAAUAGCUUUACGUGCAUUUAUUCAACUAAAAAAAUUGGUUGAAGUGAAUUUGUCUCAUAACCUGUAUGAUUUGUACCACCAACAAACGGAGGGACUAAAUCCGUUCACUCACUGUGAAAUGUUGGAAAAACUAAAUGUGUCUCAUAACGUAAUUGAAAGAUUUCCGGAAAACAUUAUGGACAGCAAAACUCAUUUGGUUUUCUUGGAUCUGGAUAACAAUAAGAUAAGUUCUAUUAGGAUGGCUUCUCUAAUCAAAGUAACCUCAAAUGAAGUGAAGGUACUGAUAAAUAAUAAUAACGUAUCAGUCCUAGAUUUUCAAGAAAUUAAAAUAUAUCCUCGUUUUAAUGAAAAAAGGGAAGAUGUAAUUCAUAACAAUAACACAGGCAGUACAGUUCUAUAUUUAUUGAACAAUCCUAUCUCAUGCGACUGUUCCAAUUUCGAUCUGAUUCAGUACAAUAAUGAUAAACUGGAUCCAGUUAUAAGGACGUUAAUAGAUAUAAGAAUAGGAAAUCUUCACUGUGCCGCACCCGAAUCCUUCAAACACAUACCAAUAAAAGAGUUGAAACCCCGUCACAUUACUUGUGCAUUAAAUGAUGAAGGAUGCCCUAAAAUAUGUGAGUGUGUCAAACGGCCAUUUGAUGAACAUGCAGUGGUAGAUUGUUCUUAUAGAAAUCUUACAAAUCCUCCUUUUAUAAACCUUCGAAAAUUUAAUAGAGUUCAAGUAAAUUUAGAAGGAAAUUCUAUGGAAAUUGCACCCUACAAAGGUUUAGGAUAUGAUAAUGUCACUAAAUUGUAUUUAUCGAAUAAUAAGAUUAAAAAUGUUAGUUGGAUUCCACAGCAUGUAGAGAUAUUACAUCUAAAUGGAAAUCAGCUCCAAUUUUUAGAUUCACAUGUAUUAGAGAGUUUGAAUCAGUCAACAACAAUUCAAAAUUUGACCCUCUAUGGUAAUCCAUGGAGCUGCGGUUGCUCAGCAACUACUCUUCAGAACUACUUACGAAGCCAUUUCACAAAGGUUAAAGCCACUGAUGUCAUAUGCGCGGAUAAUAAUAAGCAACUGAUUAACCGAAAAGAGCUCUGCAAGUCCCAUUUGGCAAUUGCCAUGGCUAUUGCGGUGCCUAUUUUAGUUAUUCUGUUGACAGCAGUUACGGUGGUAGCCGUGUACUUCUAUUAUCAAGAGCAAAUCAAGGUGUGGCUGUACGCAAAAAAUUUGUGCCUGUGGUGUGUUACUGAAGAGGAGCUCGAUAAGGACAAAACGUAUGACGUAUUCAUAAGUUACUCCCACAAGGACGAAGAUUUCGUUGUUCAGAAUUUGUUGCCCGUACUAGAACAAGGACCAAAUCCAUUUAAAGUUUGCAUUCACAUCAGAGAUUGGAUACCGGGAGAGUUUAUAGCUAGGCAGGUCACUAAUUCUGUCUUGGAUUCAAGAAGGACCUUAGUGGUUCUUUCAGACAAUUUCCUCGAGAGUGUUUGGGGGAAAAUGGAAUUUAGAACCGCCCAUACCCAAGCAAUUAGUGACGGUCGCGCAAGGGUUAUAGUACUAAAAUAUGGAAAAUUAGACGAAGAACACCUGGACAACGAACUCAAAAGUUACCUUAAAACCAAUACGUAUGUUGAAUGGGGCGAUCCUUGGUUCUGGAAUAAAUUAAAAUAUGCUCUACCUCAUUCUAGACAGAACAAGUUCUACAAUAAUAAUCAAAAACAUGCAAGUAUCAUGCUAAAAAUUGAUGAUAAAUUCGAACUUACUUCUUCACCCGUUAAACUCGCAGAGAGUACGCCACCUGCUAUCCCUCUAGAUCCUUCGUUGCUUAAAGACCACCCUCUAAAUUUCAGUACCGAUAAUACACCACAUCCAACUGAUGUCCCAUUGAUUAAACGAUGAAUUCAAAUUUGUGAUCAAAUUUAAAUAUGCUCAAUUUUGUGCCUAGUCAAAUAAAAUGAUUAUUAAAUAUACAUUUUUCAGUCUAUAGGGUUGAGGUGAGAAACAGGAUAUAAUUUUUAUUUUUGUAGACGAUUGUAAUGUGGAAUGUAGAUGUUGAAAAAUAUAUUUGCUAACAAGAGGUUCAUCCUUAUUAAGUGUUAUAAGCCAUAUUUUUAGCUUGACGGACAAUUUGUUAUGUGUUACUAAUUUAGUAAAACCGUACAAACUUGCAAUUGUGCAAUACAUAUAGUGUUCCACUUCAUGCGUACUGAAUUGUCUUCAUACAAAAAUUGAAGCAGUCUAGUUGAAGGUAUGAUUUACGCAAAUUCUACAAAUUAAUACAUUAAAUGCCUGUACAGUUACGAAUCGGAAAUUAUAAACAUGUUUUAAAAAAAAAACAGAAAAAGAACUGUUUACCAGUUUAGUUUAUCAACUAUAAAAUGUCAAAGAUUAUGUAACGGAUUCAGUGGCGCACCUAGAAAAAUGUUAAAUGCAUUUAUAUACUCAAGAAAAUAGUGAAAUGUUUUUUCAAAAUAUAUGCCUCAUGAAAAUAGUGAAAAACUGAUUUUCUGUAACAAUUCGUUCGCUCUCCCACUGGGUGCUUCACUGAGCGUAAUAUUUCUAUUGUACGGAUUUUGGAUGUUCUGUGAUAAUUUAAAAAUUGUGUUGGUUUUUAAUGUGAUAUUGUAGAAUGUAGAAUGUAAUGUCCAUUGGCUUUAAUGUAUUAAAAAGUUUGGAAUAAAAAUAUUAGUCCAGGAGUUAGGUAGUUUUAGGUGGAAAUUAUUUUAAGGCGAUCUUUUCACAUUUCAAGUUUAAAUUUCAAAUUUUUUUUCAAAGAGUAGCCAUUUUGCAAAAAUGGUAGUAAAAUAAAAAUAAAUUAUAGCCACAUACUGAAUGAAAGGAAUUUCCUAUGAUUUAUGUUCACUUGUUUAUUUAUGCUGUGAAUUGUUGGAGGUUUAUCGGGUACGGAGGUACGUCUAAAGUCUAACGAGAAUUUCUGUAGAUUCGUUAGUGACUAAAGUGGUAAGGUUUUAGAUUUGGCAACGUUGCACUUGGCUGGCUUCGUUUGGAUGCCUAAACUUGAAAUAUACAUCAUAUGUCACCUGCGAAUUUCAAUUAAUAUGCUACUUCGAGAACCGCGGCGUUGCCGCUAUCACGCAUUUAGAGGUUAAAUUAG